AUGAAUUCGGAAAAUGUUGAUUCACGAGAGGGAAGUUGCGAUAAGGAUCAGGACUAUAUUACAAGUCGAUUACCUAGCAAAAAUGUUUUGAUCAAAGGAAGGAAUUUUGAAUUCGCCAUUGGUCGAUUAAUUUCCCAUGGACGAUUUGGUGCGGUAUAUGAGGUACUAAGGCGUACAGAUGGAAAACGUUUUGCAGCAAAGUUAGAAAUAUGUAAUGAGCAUUCUCACGGAUUGAAUAUGGAUUAUAUUGUCCUACUUCAAGCUUCAAAAGUGACAUGUGAACAUAUUCCAAACCUGAUUGAUCAGGGUAAAAUCGAAGGACAUUUCAAAUUCAUCAUCAUGAAAAUGCUCGGUGAUAAUUUGCACAAAUUACGACGAGCAUUUGUUGAAUGUCAUUUCUCAUUGUCAACUUCACUUCGACUUGGAAUUCAAGCAUUAGCUGCAUUGGAGGAAUUGCAUUCGAUGGGAUUUGUUCACAGAGAUGUCAAAGCAUCAAAUUUCGCAAUCAGUGAUCCCUCUGAAUCAAAGAUGAAUGUGUAUAUAAUUGAUUUUGGGCUUUGUCGAAUGUAUCGAAAUCCCAAAGAUGGAAUUAUACCACCUAGGAGUAAAACUUCAUUCAGAGGGACUACACGUUAUGCAUCAUUGGCAGCACAUCGAGAAGAGGAAAUAUCACCAAAAGAUGAUCUUGAAUCCUGGUUCUAUAUGCUUAUUGAAAUGAUUUCUGGUGAACUUCCAUGGAGUAACAUUCAUCGAACGGAUCGUAAGGAAAUAGAGUGUAAGAAGGAGCAGUGUCGUUCAUCAGAUGAACUUAAAAUACUGCUCAAAGAUUGUCCUAAGGUUGAAUUUCGACGUAUCCUAAAUUACAUCGAUUCUUUAACAUACCAUAGUCAACCGGAUCACAAAUUUUUAACACAAAUGCUUCAAUUAGCAAUGAAAAAUUACGGUGUGAAAAUGGACGAGCCGUAUGAUUGGGAUGAUGAAUUACAAGCAUAA